AUGGCGGAGAGGGCAGUGCCACAAGAGAACACAGGGAUCAAUACAGGGAUCCAACAGUCCAAUGAUCCAUACCCUGAAGCAACAGCUGAGAGCCUGGACCUUGAGGAUUCACAUCAACAGGGUAAGAAGCACCUGGGUGCUUUCAGUCAUUUUCCUUCAAAUGGUACUUUAAAUAAGUAGCUGAGCAAAGCAUGUGUUUGAUUCUGCUUGUGUGAGCAGUAAUAUGGCAUUUUUCAUCUGUCUGUCUGUCUACUCUGUACGUAGGUGCUUGUGGGUAUGACCUGUGUCCAGGCCCCAGUUCAUCCUGUAUGACCACCAAAGAGCUGCAGCAGCACUGGCGCGCGGUGAAGCACAGACUGAAGCCGGUCAAGCUGUUGUUUGAGAUCCCUUCUGCACGCACCAUAGUGCAGCACCUGUCCAAAUACGUUGUGAGCUCUAUUUUACGUACAGCAUACAGCAGAGAUUGUCAACUGGCGGCCCGCGGUCCAAAUUCGACCCGUGGACGAUUAUAUUUGGCCCCCUAAAGUUUUCUACGCCCAAUUUUGACAUUUGUAUCCAGUUUUUGGACAUAAAAGGCUGUAAAAUUACUAGGAAUUCUCCUCAAAAUGUUUUUUAUUUAGGAAAUCUAUUCCCAAGUAUUUCCACUCAUAAAUAGAGAGGCAUAUGAGAUUGUGUACCAAUGUAAUCAAGGUUUGAAAUUAUUAUGUUUUUGUAAAAUACAAUAUCUGUUUCGGCUUCUUGUGUCAAUUUGCAGAGUACAAAUGAUUUAUAAUCGACCGUCCGCUCAAGAAAUAUUCAGCCUUCGGCUGAGUCUAGUUGAUGAUCCCUGGCAUAGAGUUUAGGGCACGCUUCACCAUAGUUAGAGAGUGUUGCCGUGUUGCAGGAAGCACAAUUACAUAUUUGAUUGUCUUCUAUUGCAAGAUAGUUGAGUGAGUUUUAAUAACAAAGUUGCAAGAUAUGAGGUUUUCUAAAUUAGAAGUUUGUCCCAAUGUUCCUGUGUUAUCCAGGUGUACCAGAUCGUGGUGAUCCGGUCAGGCAGCUACGACUCCAAGCGUGUGUCUGUCGAGCGUCGCUAUAGCGACUUCGUCCACCUCCACCAGCAGCUCCUCGAAGACUUCAGCGAGGAGCUCGAAGAGGUCAUACUUCCCCGGAAACUACUAACUGGAAACUUUAACCCCGAGAACAUCUGGGAACGCCGCCUGGCUCUGCGAGACUACCUGGCCCAGCUAUACGCGGUCCGCUGCGUCCGACAUUCCCGCCACUUCCUGGAUUUCUUCACUGAGCCCGAGCAAAGGCGAGCGCACGGCCUACUCCGAGCGGGGCAGUUUGGGCCAGCGGUGGCGCUACUAGAGACAGUCCUGGAGCUUCAGGAGAAGAUGGGAGGGUGGCAGAGUCCUGUUCUGCUGGUGCCCACGCUGUGUGCCCUCACAGUGUGCCAGAGAGACCUGGAAGAGCCGGAGUCGGCGUUCACCAUGGGCCAGAGGGCGCUGCCCACGGUAAGGCGCUAUGGGCUGAAGCGCUACAGAGGGCCACUGCUGGAGAUGAUGGUGGAUCUGGGAUACCAGUUAGGGCAGCCUGUGGCUCAGCUGCAGGAGGAGUUGGUUCAGGUUAGGGAUGCAGAGAGGGGACUGGUGUCUUUUCGCUCCCUUAAGGAGUUGGUGGUGCAGGAGUUUACCUAG